UACUCCAAGUGUUUGGUAUCUAUCUGUGCACAUGUGUUUAGUGUUGACGCAAUGUUGCACUGGGAAAAAUUGUGUGGUAAUGUUAUGUUGCAAACCCAGGCGGAUUUCUCUCGUUGAGCCAUAGAAGCGCUCGUGUGGCAAUAAUUGUGAUCUUAUGGGCGAUUUGUGCGAAAUAAAGACCAAGUUUGUGGUUCUCUUGCGUCACAUUGAGACAGUAGGACAGAAAGGAAGUGAUUCGUAACGCAGGAUGUGCUCAAACUUUUUUUAACAGUUUGGAGCAUUUUUGUCCAGACUGUAUUGGGGUAUCUGUGAUUUAAUCAUAUCCCGUUUCUGAGGAUAGGAUGCUCAUUAGGCAUAUGAAGGGGGUACCCUCCCUGGGUCAGUAAUCUGACCUUGCACAGGAGGUAAUGCACAACAGUUGAUCCCAGGUACUCAUCUACUGCUAGGUAAUAGAAGCAUCAGGUGUGAGGAAACUUGCAAAAAGUCUCACUCUGCCUGGAUAUCGAUCUCUUGGCCUUUCGGUUGUGUGUCGACUGCAGUGCAACUUAAAUGUAAGCAGGGGUAAUGUGAAGCAGGAGAUGGAGCCCCUAGCUGCUCACGAUGAAUGUGCUGAGACUCCCAAUAAUUAUGGGGCGACUCAUUACCAGUUCGUCGAUGUGGCUUCACAGCUGCAGUAUGAAGAUGAAGACCAACACAGUAAUCAUGCAGAAGUCAAGAAGUCGUCGUCAUUCUCAGAGUCGUCCUUGGGUGCUAGGCUUGGUAAUGUGUCUUCGAGGAGCACAACUCCAAGGCCGACAGAUCUGCCGUUACCUCCCUCUGAUGAUACCGACUUCAGUCCAAAAGCAAUCUUCCGUUCUGAUGCAAAAGAGAAAUUACAGAAUCGACCCUCCUUGAAAAUAUUUGCUCUAACCCAGAGUCCAACUCUCGGUUCACCCGACUCCGAUAUAGAUGUUCUUGGCUACCUCGACAACACACCAGAUACUCUUCCAGAUACAAAUGAUAGUGUCGGUUCACUGCCUUAUAGCAGAGUGUAUGAGACUAGUAAAUUCUCCGAGUUGAUGCCAGGAGCAUUUGUUCCCAACCGUCAUGUACAGCUCCGCAUUACCAAGGUUCAGCCUAUUCAUUCCCAUAUACAUAUCUUCAAUAAUCAUAUGCUGAUGAUUAGUAUGGCGCAUGGAGACUAUAGCUGGACAGUCCAGAAGAAAGUGAUGCAGGUUGCGUCUCUCCACAGUGUUCUGGUGCUGCUGAGAACAAGACUGAAAAUGCCGGCAGCAACACGAGUCACGCGGCAGCGAAGGCAAAGCAUGAGGCAGCAAAUUAAGCAAGCUGAACAAGCAACUGGUACACCUAAUGGUGAAAAUUGUACCCCAAACAAUAGGCAACUCAGGUAUCCUCGUCGAGCCCUGCAGACAAUGGACGACACUGUAAAGGCCGACCUGGAGACCUACCUUGAAAACCUUCUUCGCCACCCGCUCUUCCGUAGUCAUCAUGCUGUGCUGGAUUUUUUUGAGAUAUCUCCUGUAUCCUUCAUCAAUGAGCUGGGAGAGAAGAUUAAAGAGGGAUAUGUUGGCAAGAGGACCGGCAGCGGGAACCCGCAUGGUUGCUGUAACUGGUGUUCAACAUGUACAGGAAAAUAUAAGAACCGCUGGCUGGUACUGAAGGAAACGUGCCUCUUCUUCCUGGCCCCAGAGAGCGGUCAAGUGCGCACUGUAAUGCUCAUGGACUCUGGCUUCCAGAUCUCUCACAGCUAUAGACUAAUUGGUGCUCGCAACAGUCUUCUCAUAUCUAAUCUCUCGAGGUCACUGAUGAUAAAGUGUGACUCAGAGAGCAGCAAAAAGGAGUGGUAUUCAGUCAUUACUAAAACACAACGUAAAUAUGCCAAAGACUUCACCAACCAAGAUCUGCGAUAUGGAUCCUUUGCCCCAGUCCGGCGUGGGUCCUAUGCUCGCUGGUACGUGGAUGGUGCCCGGUACAUGUGGGAUGUGGCAGACAUGCUUGAGGGGGCGAAGGAGGAAAUUUUUAUUACCGACUGGUGGAUGAGCCCACAAAUUUACCUUAAGCGACCUGACCUAACAGGACGACGUUGGAGGUUGGGAGAAAUACUAAGAAGGAAAGCUGAAAGUGGAGUGAGAGUAUUUAUCUUGCUAUACAAGGAGGUAGAACUGGCUUUGGGGAUCAGCUCUCUUCUUACAAAGCAUACUGUUAACCAACUUCAUCCCAAUAUCAAGGUACUUCGUCACCCAGAUCAUCUAUCAGGAGGAGUGCUGUACUGGGCUCACCAUGAAAAGCUCGUCAUCAUCGAUCAGAUGUAUGCAUUCGUCAGUGGAAUUGACCUGGCCUUUGGACGAUGGGAUGAUUAUAGACACAAGCUUGUAGACAUUGGACAUGCUGGAGUGCAGGCAUCUCCAGUUCGCCAAGGAAUCCUAGGAAGCGCUCUGCAGCAGUUGGUGCGUGGGACAAAUGAGGUGCUAAUGAACACAGUUAACCGAUCAACACCCAGUAGCAGAAGAACAUCUUUGGAUGCCUCCGUUUGUGGUAACACGACACAGAGUACCACUGCCAGUUCACUCUUCCUAAAUCCAAAUGAAUCUGAAUCCCCAAAGAGGUCUGAUGAAAGUCCAGAGAGAAAUGUUGCUGAAAAUGCUUCAGUGGUUCAUGGUGAAGACACAGUGGAUCACAGUGGUACAGUAGGAAUAGAGAUGACGGCUCAUAAAACCUCUUCUGAAGAUGCAAAAAAUAAUAUUAGUAAUGAGAAAAUUUCAGGAGAAUCUACAGCUAUUGAAAGUAUGCCCUUACAAUCUUCCGCAAAGACAUUAAAUGCCAAGUCCAGAUUCUUUAGACGUGAGCCAAAAUCUGUUAAAGAUCCAUCUCAGUUGAGUGACCAGAGCAGUGACGAUGAACAGCGUGAAGGGAAAAUGGGGAAAAGCUUUAGGGAAGUACGCAAAAUAGGUCUGGAGCUUGUUGAGGAAGUAAAAGAAAAGGGGCGGGAAGUGCGAGCGUGGACUGCUCAUAAGCUACCUCAGUUACAUCGGAGAAACAGUUCGGACUCUGAAAUUUCAGAUAGUUCAUCUGACGAAGGAGAGACGGUACAGAACUCAAGAAAUAGGUUCUACAAGCGUCACAAACUUAAGUUGGCUACCAAAGAGAAAAUGGGCAGCUGCUCUUCACUUGCCCAUGCCCACAACUUGGUCACCAUGGAAGAUACGACCUCAACUCAUCUCUGGGUUGGUAAAGACUAUGUCAACUGGAUCAGUAAAGAUCUGGAUAACUUGGAUGAACCCUUCAAAGAUAUUGUUAAUCGCCAUCACACUCCACGUAUGCCGUGGCAUGACAUUGGCCUCUUUGUUGAGGGACCAGCUGCUCGUGAUGCAGCUCGCCAUUUUAUUCAACGCUGGAAUGCUGUAAAAACUGAAAAGGUUAAACCUAAUGCUAAUUAUCCAUACUUGGUGCCGAGGUCGUACAACAGGGAGUAUUUCGUGCCAUCUAACAUGGAACCUAAGCAUCAAGUGAAGUGUCAGGUUGUACGUAGCGUGGGCAAUUGGAGCGCAGGACUGGACGAAGACGAAGCCAGUAUUUUUGCCGCGUAUGUUGAUCUUAUUCGGAAAGCCAAACACUACAUAUAUAUAGAAAACCAGUUCUUCAUCACAUGUGGCAAUAUUAAUGAACAGAAAGAGGUUACCAAUUACAUUGGUCAUGAAAUUGUGGACCGCAUUGUCCGAGCACAUAACAAUGGUGAAGUUUUCCGAGUAUUCAUCCUGCUGCCUCUCCUGCCAGCCUUUGAAGGAAUGAUUGGCAAAUCAAGCGGUAUAGCAAUGCAGUACAUUGUAUACUGGAAUUACAUGAGUAUAUCCCGCGGUAAAUCCAGUGUGAUUCAUUGCCUGAAAGAGCGUGGUGUCACAGACUGGGAGCGGUACGUGUCGUUCUGCUCCUUGCGUACACAUGAGAACCUGGGCGACCAUCCAGUGUCAGAGCUUGUAUACAUCCAUUCCAAAUUAAUGAUUGUAGAUGAUCGAUUUGUUAUUGCUGGAUCGGCAAAUAUCAAUGAUCGCAGCCUUAAUGGAAAUAGAGAUUCUGAAGUGUGUCUUGUCAUUGAGGACCAAGAGUUUGAGGAGAGUAUUAUGAAUGGUAAGCCAUACCAGGCUGGGGUGUUUGCCGGCAGUAUGAGGAAAUACUUGUUUUGUGAACACCUGGGUAUCCAGGACUGUCAGGUGCCAGCCUUUGAUGUUUGUGACCCCAUCUCUGAUGCCUUCUUUGUCAAUGUCUGGUCCUACAUUGCCAAUAAAAACACAUUAAUAUACGAGGAGGUGUUCUCCUGCUACCCGUGCAACAGUGCAACAACAUUUCAGGCAGUGGAUGAGCUGAGAAAUGUUAUGACUCUUGCACACGUGAACCCAACAGAUGCACAAGCAAGGCUACAGCAAGUUCAGGGACAUUUGGUUCAGUUCCCUCUGGACUUUCUGAAGGAUGAAAUCUUGAAGCCAGGUGUGGGGACCAAGGAGUACCUUCUACCCAUGGAGACUUGGACAUAGAACACCACAGAAUGUUCAGCUGCUAUUCACAUGCUGUGUUUUACAUGAAAAUAAUUUAAGGAAAUUUUAUGCAGAGAAAUUACAUAUUUAAAUUGUUUAAAAACAAAAAGUAGAACAUUUCUUGAAGAUGUAAAUUUUUAAUUCUAUUUAACAUUUUAAAUUUAGUCAGAUAGCAAAAAUGGACAUGCAAGAUAUUUGAUGGUGCUAGUCAUAUUUAGUUUGAAACAAUUAAAAAGUUAGGCUACUAUUUUAUUUAAGUAUAUAGUACUGACACAUGAUUUUUUUUAGUCACUUCCUAUAUAAUGAUUAGGUAAUUAAAAAAUGCAGUUGAAA